GCCGGCCCCCGCGGUCAGGCUGUGGCCCCUUCCUGCCGGGGGUACAGGAAACCGGGCUGCCCCGAGUUCCGAGGCUUGGGGAAGGUUCCCACCUUGCCCCCUGAGCUCUGGAGGCGGAGGGCCUGGCCUGCUCAGGACUGACUGCUGCAGUGCUCAGAGGUGGAGGAAAUGGCAGAUCUGGACAGUGAUUCCAGGCAGCUUCUCGCCCCCGAGGUGGACCGUGAGGUACAUCCCGGGCCCAUGAAUAUCCAGUUUGAGUCAUCAGAUCUAAGACCCAAUAGGCCUUUCCACGUGGAGCCCACCCACAUCGUCAGCGUGAGUGGCGUCCUGCAGCGGGUCAGCGACCGCGCCUCGGCCAUGAACAAGAGGAUUCACUACUACAGCCGGCUCGCGGCCCCCGCGGACCAGGCGCUGGUUGCCCCGGACCACGUGGUCCCGGCCCCGGAGGAGCGCUACGUGUACAGCCCGCUGGGCUCCGCGUACAAACUCCAGAGCUGCCCCGAGGGGUCCGGGAAGAACACCAGCCUCGUGACCAUUUUCAUGAUCUGGAACACCAUGAUGGGGACCUCGAUACUCAGUAUUCCUUGGGGCAUAAAGCAGGCGGGAUUCACGACCGGGGUGUGCAUCAUCCUGCUGAUGGGCCUGCUGACCCUGUACUGCUGCUACCGGGUGCUGCGGUCACGAGCCACCAUACCGUCGGUGGACACCGCGGCCUGGGAGUUCCCCGACGUCUGCAGGCACUACUUCGGCGCCUUCGGGCAGUGGUCCAGCCUGCUGUUCUCCCUGGUGUCGCUCGUCGGAGCCAUGAUUGUGUACUGGGUGCUCAUGUCUAACUUCCUGUUCAACACCGGGAAGUUCAUGUUUAAUUUUAUUCAUCACAUUAAUGACACAGAUGCUGCACUGAGUACCAAUGAUAGCAACCCUGUGACCUGCCCGAGCGCCGGCAGCGGCCGUCCCAACAAUGGCUCUGCCAUCUUCUCCGCCAACGCCACGGGCCUGCAGCAGUUUGAGAGGUGGUGGGACAAGUCCCGGACGGUGCCCUUCUACCUCGUAGGGCUGCUCCUGCCGCUGCUCAACUUCAAGUCGCCGUCCUUCUUCUCCAAGUUCAAUGUCCUGGGUACAGUGUCCAUCGUCUACCUGACUUUCCUCGUCACCUUGAAGGCUGCUCGCUUGGGGUUUCAUUUGGAAUUUCACUGGUUUACGCCAACAGAGUUUUUUGUACCAGAGAUGAGAGCUCGGUUCCCACAGCUGACGGGCGUGCUGACCCUCGCUUUCUUUAUCCACAACUGUGUCAUCACACUCCUGAAGAACAACAAGAACCAGGAAAACAAUGUGAGGGACCUGGCCGUGGCCUACCUGCUGGUGACGCUCACCUACCUGUACAUCGGGGUCCUGGUCUUCGCUUCCUUCCCGUCACCGCCACUGCCCAAGGACUGCAUCGAGCAGCAUUUUCCACGUGCUGGUCCUGAAUCUGAUUAUUGUGGGAGCUGGCGUGAGCAUGGCCUGUCUGUACCCCAACAUCGGCGGGAUCAUAAGGUACUCGGGAGCCGCCUGCGGCCUGGCCUUCGUGUUCGUCUACCCGUCCCUCACCUACAUCCUCUCCCUCCGCCAAGAGGACCGCCUGACGUGGCCCUCGCUGCUCUUCCACGCCCUCCUCAUCGUCCUGGGCCUGGCCAACCUGGUGGCUCAGUUCUUCAUGUGACACUCCUGCCGCGCCCGGUCUCCACCCCGUGUGCCAGCCACCGCCGUGCCAGCCAAUGCCGCGCCAGCCAACACCACGGAAAACCUGAGAACAAGGGCAACAGCCACCCACUCCCCCUGAGCCGCGUGGCUCCGUGCGGAUAGGGGACGGUGGGAACGCUCUGUCUCCACCUGCCUCCUGUCACUCGCCUCCUCACUCUCACUGAGUCCUGAGCGGGAGGCGUGCCCUUGGGAACGUCACGCUGUGUUGCUUUUAGAUGUGAGGUGGGCGGUGCGUUUGGUGACAACGAAGACUCUCAGGUGUCCCCGCAGGGACUUGGCUGUUCCAGGGCUCACUGCACUCCCUGCCGUUUUGUCACCUGAUAGACGAUGGUUGCAGUUUGCCUAAACCUUUACUGUUUGGGACAGUAAACCAAAUACCUCAUUUUCUAAAAAGAAGUCUCCGUGGCAUCAGUGUUAAUAGACUGAAUUUUUAACCAUGAAAAAAGAAAGAAAAAGAAAAUGUCACGAGGCCUCACGGCCACGAACUUUAUACAAAAUAAACAACUAAUGGAGUUUG